AUGGCACCAAACUGGAUUGGAUCCGGCACCGGUCGGACUCUGAGCUCCCUCCGCCAGCUGCUGCUCCAGGCUGGGCCCCGGCACGUCCCCUGCGGGCGGAGAACCUCCUCCCAGGCUAGCAAAUCCGACCCCGAGGGGCUGGGGCGGAAAAUGACCCAGCUCAAGAACAAGGCAGAGAAGCGGAGGAGGCAGCGUGAGAGGUUGGAGUCCAUUGAAGCCGGAGUGGCCCGGAGGCAGGAGGUACCUCAGGGGCAGGCUAAGGCGUGGGCUCCGAAAGACGUGGUUCUGUACAACAUCCCAACGGCCGCCGGUCAGAAGAAAGACACUUCCGUGCCCCUGCCGGCCUCUUACAGCCCCCGCUACGUGGAAGCCGCGUGGUAUGGGUGGUGGGAGAAGGAAGGAUUCUUCAAACCUGAAUAUCAGAGCCGGCAGCCCCAUGGGAAACCAGAAAUCUUCUCCCUCUGCAUCCCCCCGCCCAACGUCACGGGGUCCUUGCACCUGGGCCAUGCCCUCACGGUAGCCAUCGAGGACUCGCUGGUGCGAUGGCACAGGAUGCAGGGCUUCCAGGUGCUGUGGGUGCCGGGAUCGGAUCAUGCCGGAAUCGCCACUCAGGCGGUGGUGGAGCGCAAGCUCUGGAAGGAGCGGGGCGCCCUGCGGCAGGACCUGACGCGAGGGGAAUUCCUGGCCGAGGUCUGGAAAUGGAAAGAGGAGAAAGGGGACGAGAUUUUCCGACAGCUCAAGGCUCUGGGGGCAUCUCUGGAUUGGGACCGAGUUUGCUUCACCAUGGACGCUGGGUUCUCAGCGGCCGUGGCAGAGGCGUUCGUGCGAUUGCACGAGGACGGGCUGGUGUACCGCGACCAGCGCCUGGUGAACUGGUCAUGCGCCCUGCGCUCCGCCAUCUCCGAUGUGGAGGUGGAGACCCGGCAGCUCCAGGGUCGGACUGUGCUCCCUGUGCCCGGCUGCCCGGCUCCGGUGCCCUUUGGAGUGAUGUUCACCUUUGCCUACAAAGUGGAUGGACAGGAGGACGAGGAGCUCCCCGUGGCCACCACCCGCCCGGAGACGAUGCUGGGGGACAUGGCUGUGGCCGUCCAUCCCGACGACCCACGGUUCACGCACCUGCACGGCAAGCGGCUCCAGCACCCAUUCACUGGGCGCCUCCUGGCCAUCAUCACGGACCCCCUGGUGGAGCGAGACCUGGGCACGGGAGCCGUGAAGGUGACGCCAGCGCACAGCCAUGCCGACUACGAACUGGGCAAGCACCAUGGGCUGCCCCUGGUCUCUGUGAUCGGGGAGGAUGGGGCCAUGACAGCUGUGUGUGGAGACUGGCUCCAGGGCUUGAAUCGCUUUGUGGCUCGUGAGAAAGUGGUGUCUGCUUUGAAGGAGAGAGGCCUGUACCGGGGUAUGAAGGAUCAUGCCAUGACGCUGCCCCUCUGCAGUCGCUCCGGAGACGUGGUUGAGAACCUGCUGAAGAGCCAGUGGUUUCUCCGGUGUGAGGAAAUGGCCCAGAGAGCCCUGGAGGCUGUGGAGUCAGGGCGUCUGAAACUCACCCCGAAAUUUCAUGAGAAGAACUGGAGGACGUGGCUGUCCAACAUCAGCGAUUGGUGCAUUUCCCGACAGCUGUGGUGGGGCCAUCAGAUUCCAGCCUAUCAGGUCUCUGUCUCAGGGUCAUGUGACUUAGGCAAGGAUGGGAGUGAUGCAUUGUGGGUUGUGGGCAGGACAGAGGCAGAAGCCCGCAGAAAAGCAUCAGGGAUUUUGAAGAAACCGGAAGAGGAAAUGGAGCUGGUGAGAGAUGCUGAUGUCCUGGAUACCUGGUUCUCUUCUGCUCUCUUCCCCUUCGCCGCGCUGGGCUGGCCCCGUAAGGUUGGAGACCUCCAGGAAUUCUAUCCCAACAGCCUCUUGGAGACGGGCAGCGACCUGCUCUUCUUCUGGGUGGCUCGGAUGGUGAUGCUGGGGGAGCAGCUGACUGGAGAGCUGCCAUUCUCCCAGGUUUUCCUGCAUUCCCUGGUACGUGAUGCCCACGGCCGGAAGAUGAGUAAAUCUCUGGGGAAUGUCGUAGACCCACUGGACGUCAUUCACGGGGCCUCGCUGCAGGAUUUGCAGGGGAGGCUGCGAGAUGGGAACCUGGACCCCCAAGAGGCAGCCAUCGCUAUGGAGGGACAGAGACGAGACUUCCCCCAGGGGAUCCCCGAAUGCGGCACCGACGCCCUGAGAUUCGCGCUGUGCUCCCAUCGGGUCCAAGGGGACGACAUUAACCUGGAUGUGGCCACGGUGCUGAGCUCCCGGCACUUCUGCAACAAGGUGUGGAACGCCGUCCGAUUCACUCUGGGGGCCCUGGGAGAGGGGUUUGCCCCACAGACCCCGGAGGAGGUCUGCCCCAGCUCCCCCAUGGACCGAUGGAUCCUUAGUCGUCUCUACCACACUGCAGCGGACUGCGGCCAGCGGUUCGGGGAGUAUGAGCUGCAUUUGGUCACAUCCACCAUCCACCACUUCUGGCUGCACAACUUCUGCGACGUCUACUUGGAGUCGGUGAAGCCCGUGCUGCAGAGCAGGGAUCAAUCCCGGAUCCUGCAGACCCGCCAGACGCUCCUCAGCUGCGCCGACCUGGGCCUGCGCCUCCUCUCGCCCUUCAUGCCCUACCUGACGGAGGAGCUGUGGCAGCGGCUCCCCAAGCCGGACGCAGACUCCGCUCCCAGCGUCUGCGUGGCCGGAUACCCCAGUGCUGGGCAGCUGGCCCAUUGGUGUCGCCCCGCGGAUGAGGACGACUUCCUGCUGGCGCAGGAAGUGGUGCGGGUGGCGCGCGCCCUGAGGGUGACCUACCGGCUGACGAGAGCCCGGCCGCCCGUCUACCUGAUGUGCUCAGAGCCAGCUGCCCACAGGGUGUAUGAGGAGUACAGAGAGCCCCUGCAAACCCUGUCCCUGGCCGGCUCUCUGAAGCUUUGCCCCUCCUCCAAGGGUGCGGAGCCUCCUGUGGGCUGGGUGUGGGGGAGAGUGAACAACCACACUGAGAUCUAUAUGGACCUGCAGGGGCUGGUUGACCCCGAGGCGGCGCUACCCCGGCUAGCGGCCCGUAAGAAGAAGCUGGAGCGGCAGAUCUUGGAGCUCACAGCACGGACCCAGGCGUCUGGCUACCAGGAGAAGGUCUCACCGAGAGCCCAGGCAGAGUGUCAGCAGAAGAUUUCCUCUCUCCGGACUGAGCUGGAGCAGCUGAAUCAGGCCCUGGAGAGUUUCGGCCGCAUGUCAGCAGGGCUGGGAACGCCUCCGUCAGCCGACGAAUGA